GGGACUACUUUAGGUCAGCUUCGGCAAGGAACACUCCUAACUUACUGCAGACGACUACAAUGGAAUGCCCUUUAGCGCGAUAUACGUUACUAUUCAACAAAAUACAAUAAACUGUGUCUUGGUUGAGCACAUUUAUCGCAAGAUUGUUAUGUUUUUACUACGCCGCGGAAGGAUCUAACUUUCUCAAGCGAGGGUCGACACAUCCGCCCAGUUUUCCGAUGUUUCAUUGCCCCCGAGUUAAAAAUGGAGUUCGAUUAAAGCAGAUGUCCACAAACUUCUGAAGGAAAUUUCAAGUCCCUGUGAUUUUAGCUUAGGCGUCAAUAUUAAUAUUUGAAAACCGCGGUCCUCUUUUUGGGCUUUGGAUGCCUUUACAGCAAAUUACUCGGACACGUUGACGGAGCAACGCUGCACAGCGCUUUUUCAAGUACUGUCCUGGACCUGAAGUUGGCGAAUGGAUGCUCGACAGCCAGCCAUAAAUAACCUGCCAAACCUUACAGUCUACAACAUUUUGUAAUUUCCUUGCGGAUCUAUAUACAUUUUUGCAAACCGUGGAUUUGUGUUUGUUGCAGAGGAUGAUACGGAUAGCUCAUUUGUUGUGGUCGGAUUUUACUUCCAGGGAGGAUAAAAUGAAUCAACGGUUGUCAUUCCUCCUCGCGAUUUAACAUUAGUUCCAGCCUGCAAAGCUAACGUUAAGCUAGCUUCACUUGGUUUUCACAGGGACGCUUAGUUAGGCAUGCACCAUUGUACGUCGUUUACUUACUAUCCAAAAUAGGAGUAAUUUCUACAUGUGAAGGAAAAUGGUGAUAUUUGUGGUAUUUUAUCCCGCCGUCACUGCGCCGUCGAUGCUAUUGCUAGGAUUUGGAUCCCCGUGAGGAAAAAAAUGAGUGAAGAUUCAACAAAUCCAAACAACGAUGACAGUUAUGCGCGUGUGAGAGCAGUGGUCAUGACUCGGGAUGACUCCAGCGGAGGGUGGCUUCCCCUGGGGGGUGGAGGCCUCAGCUGUGUCACCGUAUAUAAGGUCAACCGGGCAGAGCCCACCUCUGUGGAGUUCCACAUCAAGGGCGAGAGGCUCAAAGACAAAUUGGUGGUCCUGGAGUGUGUCCUGCAGAAAGACCUUAUUUACAACAAGGUUAACCCCAUCUUCCACCACUGGAGGAUCAAUGGCAAAAAGUUUGGACUGACUUUCCAGAGCCCCGCUGAUGCACGUGCCUUUGACCGAGGCAUACGUCGGGCCAUUGAGGACAUCAACCAAGGUUGUCGGUCAUUUGGGGAAGGAGAUGCUCCAGAGGAUGGACUACUGGUGUGUGAUGAGCCUCCCUCCAUCUGUACCCCAGUGAAAGAGCCCUUCUCUCCUUUGAACAACAUUGUCUCCACUGAGCCAUUCAGGGGCUGUUACGUCCGCCCCCAACCCUUCAAUGAAUUCCCCUCCAGCAACCGCCGCUACCUGCCUCCACAGGUCUCCUAUAAGCCGACUCGUCAUGUCAGUUUUCACAUGGAUGAAGAAGAGAUUGUUCGCAUCAAUCCACGCAAAGACGUGCUCAUCCGCGGCUACGAGGACUACCGCCACCCUUUCGUGUGGAGACCGGAGGCUGACCGCGAGGACCUGGACUUACCCACCACCUUCCACAAACUGGACAGUAAGAAGUGUGAGUACCCCUUUCCCGAUGGCCCCGGUGGGGACUCCCAUUCUGGCCCUGGUAUGGGCAUCGGAACAGGUAUAGGGCUGGGUCUAGGCAAGGACACAGCCAUCAAGACUCAGCCUUCGCCCCUGCUGAAGGCCAAGAAGAGUCGACGACGACGAGAGGACGGCGAGCGUUCUCGCUGCAUCUACUGUCGGGAGAUGUUCAACCACGAAAACAACUGGCGGGGGCAGUGCCAAGACGCUCCCGACCCGAUCAAGCAGUGCAUCUACAAAGUCAGCUGCAUGCUGUGUGCAGAGAGCAUGCUGUACCACUGCAUGUCCGACUCUGAGGGCGACUUCUCCGACCCCUGCUCAUGUGACACAUCUGACGAGCAGUUCUGCCUACGCUGGCUAGCCCUGGUGGCGCUCUCCUUCAUUGCGCCCUGCAUGUGCUGCUACCUGCCUCUGCGCGCCUGCCACCACUGUGGCGAGGCCUGUCACUGCUGCGGGGGCAAGCACAAGGCUGCGGGGUGACCCGAUGCCGGACUCUGGGACACCCUCAAAGCUAGCUAACACAGGAAGUGGAUAAAAGCGGAAAAUUAAAAAGCCGGCAUCCUUUUUUCAUUCCCCUCUCAGACGGGGUGAUGUGUUGUUGAUCCCCAACUCUGAGGGCUUUUGGAGAUUUCAGUUUGUGUUUGUCGCUGACAAGCAGCAGUGGAGGACAAACCAUAUGCUUUGUGGGGGCUCUGAGCAUUAAGCUAAGUUCAGGAGCUUAAUCUGAGGAGAAGAGAAGGAGGAAACAUCCAGAUUAAUAGACUUGGAGAUGUUACUAAACACACUUGUAUACGCGCACACAAACACAAACCCUUCUCUCACAUUCACACCCAUGCAUUGACAAAGUCAAGCCACAACUGUCAGAACUCUCCUGCAAGUAAUGUGUAACUUUAUGAAGGAAAAUUGUCUUUUGUACAGAGAGUGACAACUUAAUGACAAAAAAGGAAAAAAACUAUUCUGAGUUCAGAGAAAUAGUGGCUGUUUGAGUAUGCUAAAAGGGAUAUGUUCUAGCUUUUUUUGUGAAUUUGCAGUUGGGUAACAGUGGCCUUUCCUUCAUGGCUUAAGCAUUUGCUGACAAUGUAAUUACUAGACAGAGAAAAGUGCACUAUAAAUGGUAUUUCCCCCCCUGAGUAAAGGUAACCCUCUCAAAUUCUUGUGGUACAUUAAGCACCAUAUUUAGUGUAAUUUUAACAACUGAGAGAUGGUGCUGUGGUGGAUUCAUUACCAGUUUGAUUUCCCUGUUUUCAUUUCCAUUGAACUUUGGCAAAAAAUCAAAAAGUAACAGCUUGUUUUGACAGCGUUAAAAAGAUUACCUUGCUUCCCUGAGGUGAUUUAGCAACUAUUUGAUUGCAUUCCAGAAUAAAGGGAUCAGUGCCAUGAAUAAAAGGGGAAAAUGGUAAUGACUUUACCAUGCUGACUUUCCCCAAAUAGUUUGUCCACAUCACAAAAAUAGCAUAGAACCUCUUGAGCCAUUUAAAUUUAAACCAAUCCACAACGAUUUCAUUUACUCCAGCGAAUCUCAGUUUUAGUCCAAUUAUUUACUGCUGUAGUGAAACUGGUGUUUUUGUUUCCUCAUUGUUAAUUUCCUGCUCAUUGUGUAAUUAAUUUUGAAACAAAGGCUGCAAUGUUACUCAACCAGCAAGUUUUGUUUUGGUGAGUUGAAGGGGUUAAGGUGCUCCUUGGUUGAAUGAUGAGGCACUUAAAUUAGGCUAUUCUUUGGUCGAGAAACCCUCCGAUUUUGGAAUGACUCUGUACAUAAAUUUUUACUAAUUUAACAUCCAGUUUGCUGUAGGGGGAAACUCCUACUGAAAGCACUGCUCUCCAAGCUUUGGUUGCAGCACCCUCUCCAAAUUUCUGUUUGUCCCAUGAAUUCAUUUUUAUUUGUGUUUUUUCUUUCCCCCGUUUCCCCCCCAAAUCUUGUGUAAAUUUAGUAUUCCGUUGCUUUUUGAAAUUUAUUCCACUCCAUCCAUAUGUCUUCAUUUAACAGGCCUUGAGUGAAUGAAUGCAUUGUUUUAGGAAUGCUGAGUAUCUUAGCGAUUAAAAAAACAAACAUACAGAUGCCACGUUCGUGCGUAUGUCUCGAUAUGCACUGGAGAUCUGAUGUCAUGCAACGUCAGCACUGACUUAAGGUUUUGACUCGUAACAAUAUAAACCAGUGUCCUGUUACCCAAAGCAUCCUGAUGCCUUUGUCUGUUGGCUCCUGAAGCGAACAAAGAGUUGAUCAAACUGUCAAAGGAAUAAUUUUGGAAAUUAUUAUUGUUGUUGAAUGAAAACACUGAUACUACUGUCCUACCUGAAUGUUCUAUAUGAAACUGAAGCCAGCAGUCAUUUAGCCUAGCUUAGCAUAAAAAGUGGAACUGGGUGAACAACUAGCCUUGCCUUGUCCUCAGGGAACAAACUGCAUACCUUGACAUAUAAAGCUCAUUAAUGAAUAUGUUGUGUCCUGUUUGUUUAAUUUAUGCAAAAACCAAACUGUACAAAUGGCAGUUUGUGAUUUUGCUGGAGGGUUCUGCCACUGCAGUUGGUGCAUUUACACUUGUUUUUUUUUUUUGUUUGUUUUUAUUAAAGAAAUGAAAUGUAGUUAGUAAGGUUGGAAGAGCUGGUACAGUAGGUGGAUUUUGCUAGCUUUGGACAGAGCCAUCCUAGCAGUUUCCUUCUGUUUCCAGUCUAAGCUAAGCUUUUCCAGCUGCUGGCUUUAGCCUCAUAUUCACUGUAUUGACGUGACAGCGGUAUCCAUCAUGAUUUGUAACUCACGGAAAGAUGGAAAAUAAGCAUAAUUCCCCAAAUGUCAGACCACUCCUUUAAGAUCUCUUGGCAAACGGGGAGACGGAAGCGUGUAAAGCUGAGUCGAGCUGUGUUUGAAACCCAUUUCUCGCUCACAGAACUGUUGAUGAUUCAAACCUUUCCGAACAUAAAUGCUUAAAUUAGAACUAACUCCAUACAGGAAUAACUAUUCAUUUCCAAUGUCUGGCUACAAAAACCGAAAUGAUCCCUAAGUCACUGACAUGUUUGAGAUUUGUGCUAAUUGUGAUACACCUCGGUAUCGAACAGCUGAUGUGGUACAACGUCCAUUGCUAACAGAUAGGCAUCUCUUCCCACCUCCUGUCCCUCCAUCCAGGACAAAAAAAAAGUAGUAUCAUUACAGUCAGAACAUGACUGCGGAAUAAUUCCACCUUGAACAAUGUCCCUUUAUUUUCUAUGCAAACUUUCUGAUGUGAAAAACACAUUGACCUUCUCACAGACCGAGUCGGUGACGGGACAGGACACUUUAACUGACACCUGGUACCAAACUCCAAAAACCUGUAAAUACUUAACACUAUAUUUAAGUACUAAUAAUAAUCCCAGCUUUUGUCUCUGAAAUUUGAAAGAUAGAGCUGUAUUUAUCAUUGCUGUCAACAUAUACUGUAGCUUCAAUUGACAGCAUUAUGUACAUAGGUCACCUUUUAGUAUUAUUUCACAUUGAAAAGUAGAGGGCGUUUGUGAUGGAAAUGACUAUUGCUUCUAAUAGAGUUUGUCUCUAGUUUUGUAUGGUAGAAGGAAGGAUAGUGCAAACACGGUACAAUAGUGGCUUGCUUCAGAAGUUUGAUAUAAAUAUAUAUAUAUAUGUGUGUGUGUGUGUGUGU